CUACGGACGCCUGUGCCUCCAUCUACUCCUCGCACGGCGGCCGCCGCUCUCCGCGCUCCCCUCCGGCUUCCACCAGCCCAUCGCUCCCCGCUCGCUCGGCUGCUGCAGUCGCUGUCUCUCACUCGCGCGCUCUCUCGCUCUCCCUCAAGUUUCCUAUCUGCUCAGAUCAGGGCACGGGAAGAAAAGACGCGAUUCUGCUGGCUGUUUCAGAGCGGCAAUGAAGACGAAAUUAAAUACCUACAAUGUGCAGUUGCUCCUUCUUGUUUUCUUGGCGUGGGACCCAGCCAGGUUGGUGCUGGCUAACAUCCAAGAAGAUGAGGCUAAAAAUAACAUUACCAUCUUUACAAGAAUUCUAGACAGACUUCUGGAUGGUUACGAUAAUCGACUUAGACCAGGACUGGGAGACAGUAUUACUGAAGUCUUCACUAACAUCUACGUGACCAGUUUUGGCCCUGUCUCAGAUACAGAUAUGGAAUAUACAAUUGAUGUUUUCUUUCGACAAAAAUGGAAAGAUGAACGGUUAAAAUUUAAAGGUCCUAUGAACAUUCUUCGACUUAACAAUUUAAUGGCUAGCAAAAUCUGGACUCCUGAUACCUUCUUUCACAAUGGGAAGAAAUCAGUCGCUCAUAAUAUGACAAUGCCAAAUAAGCUUCUUCGAAUCCAGGACGAUGGGACUCUGCUGUACACAAUGAGGCUUACAGUUCAAGCUGAAUGUCCAAUGCACUUGGAGGAUUUUCCUAUGGAUGCCCAUUCAUGUCCUCUGAAAUUUGGCAGCUAUGCCUACACAACCUCAGAAGUCACUUAUAUUUGGACUUAUAAUGCAUCUGAUUCAGUACAAGUUGCUCCUGAUGGCUCCAGGUUAAAUCAGUAUGAUCUGCUGGGCCAAUCAAUUGGAAAAGAAACAAUUAAAUCCAGUACAGGUGAAUAUACCGUAAUGACAGCUCAUUUCCACUUGAAAAGAAAAAUUGGGUAUUUUGUGAUUCAGACAUAUCUGCCUUGCAUCAUGACUGUCAUUCUCUCCCAAGUGUCAUUCUGGCUUAACAGAGAAUCUGUGCCUGCAAGAACUGUGUUCGGAGUAACAACUGUUCUAACAAUGACAACUCUAAGUAUCAGUGCUCGGAAUUCCCUCCCCAAAGUGGCCUAUGCAACUGCCAUGGACUGGUUUAUUGCUGUUUGUUAUGCAUUUGUGUUCUCUGCCCUAAUUGAAUUUGCAACUGUUAACUACUUCACCAAAAGAGGAUGGGCUUGGGAUGGGAAGAGUGUAGUAAAUGACAAGUCCCCUUCAAUAAAAGCUGAAGGCAUUACAUUAACAUACAACUCAGUGAAGGCAAUUCUUCAAGGAGCUAAACUAAUAUGGUCCAAGUAUAUAGCUUUCUCAUGGCCCAAUUUAAUCCAAGGAAAGACUUUAGAGUACUUAGAGAAGUGGAUGGACUGUAUAACCUUCAAACAAUCUUCUAAAAAAGAAAAAGCCUCUGUCAUGAUACAGAACAAUGCUUAUGCGGUGGCUGUUGCCAAUUAUGCCCCGAAUCUUUCAAAAGACCCAGUUCUCUCCACCAUCUCCAAGAGUGCAACCACGCCAGAACCCAAUAAGAAGCCGGAGAACAAGCCAGCGGAAGCCAAGAAAACCUUCAACAGCGUUAGCAAAAUUGACAGAAUGUCUAGAAUAGUUUUCCCAGUUUUGUUUGGCACAUUUAAUUUAGUUUACUGGGCUACGUAUUUAAACAGAGAACCUGUAUUAGGGGUCAGUCCUUGAAUCGGGACACAAGUAUCCUUGGGAUGUAUAGCAACAUAGAACUUUGUUUUGCUAUGUACAGUCUGACUAAUAACUGCUAAUUUGUGAACCAAUAUGUACAGUAUGUAUAUAGCUAUAUAGCUUACCAGUAGACCUCUAACGGAGACACGCAUUUGCUAACUUGUGGAAUUGCAGGCAGAAAGCACCCCAUACCCAAAGAGCCAUUGCCUUUUUUAAAGAUUUACCCUAGGAACUCAUUUAAAGUGGCUUUCUCAUUAAAGUGGCCUGGUCUGUUCCCUACUAGUGAUGAAAAUGGGGCUCCUAUACCACAUUUGAUGAACUCUUUCAAUUUAGAUCUUAAAUAUUAGGACUAUUUUCUACCGUAGCCUAACUAUAACGUAAGAUAACACUGUCGUUCCAAGAUGAAUUCUUCUAAAUCACAGAACCUCGUAUCUGCCACAUCUGUUCCCUUCAUGAGUGCUCAGAAACCCUGCUAGUGUAAUUGGAAGCUUAGCACAUAUCAGAAGAAAAAACUAGAGAUCUGAAAUCAGCUUUUAAUUACUCUGUAUAGCAUCUAUAGCAACAUAUUACCGCAUGACAAGCUCAAAUAAUUAUGAAUCACUCCUGACAGGAUGUUAAUUAUGCCUAGACUUUAGUAACUAUCAGAAUGUCACAGUCAUUACAUUUUAGCCUCAGAGUUUAUUUGAGAGUAAUAAUUGAAAUCCUACAGAUUAUUUUAAUCAUUGGAAACUACCUUAAAUUAAAAAAAAAAAAGACAAAUGUGUCUUACUCUUUCCAGGUAUGUGUUGUAUUGAAAUUGAUCAGCUAAAUUUUCUUGGUGCUGGCGACUGGAAAAAGUAUCCCACUUGGCUGCUGUAAAGCAACAUUCAUGUCGAUCAGAAAAUUGUGCCAAAAACUCCCACCAAUGAGAAUUCAUAGGUGUCCCAGCGUUUAGAUGAGCACUUACACGAUUCUCUUCUUUCCUGUUUACUGCAAAUUCUGCCUUAAGGCUUCUCGUCAUCAGGACUCAGAAGCCACUAAUUACAAAGGAAAGGGCAGUUAAUUGGCACUUUUUUCUGUCUUAAAGCAGCGCUUUCAGAUCAGAAUUAAUGUAAAUCUGCUUUUGUAAAUUGCAACUUUAAAUUUCACUGACUCAAAUUUACAACAGCUUUGUAUACCAGAAGAGGUUUUGGUAAGAGUUGAACAUUUUUAAACAGAAACUUUAAAGCAUCACCAACAGAUCGUGGAUUAGUUCACACACACAUACGUAAAUGAGCAUGUGCGUGUGCACGUGCACGCACGCGCACUCACACACACACACACACUGAUUAACUAAAUUAGAACACACACGAAUAACUAAAUUAGAAACCAUAGUUUUCAAUUUUAUAUAAUUACUAAUUAUUAAUGGAUAAAAUUCAUUUUUCUUUUAAUAUUUUAAAAUAUACUCUCUGUGCCCCUGAAAUGUGUUAAUAGAAGUUAACAAUUGUGUCUCAUGCCUAGAUUUAACAUUUUUGGAAAACCUGAAAACCUUUUGACUCACAUCUACAUUAGCAGUUAUUAGUUGACUUUUACUAAUAGAUACACCUUUAUGAUGGUGUUUUUGUAGAAACAUAAGUAGUCAAAUAGUGGCAUUUCUUGCAGUUUUGUACAGUAUUUCAGUAUAGUGCAUAAGUAAGUAUGUUCAUAAAAUCAAAUAAAAGGAGUAUCUUAUGGAAAUAAGCAAAAUCACAGCAAAACUUGUUAUUCCUUUGCCUCGUUUAAAUUUUUUUCAUUUUCUUUGUUUUAGUGUGAUUCUAUUAUGUGCUUUGCAUGACUGUAUUAAUACCAAGGUCACAAAUGCAUCUUAUUAACAGAAUUUGCCGUGGAGACAGCUUUGACAUUAAAAAUUCCCUCACAAAAGGUAAUCCGUAAUCCUUAAUAAAGUAAAAUUGUUACAUGA